CAGGAUCUGCUGCUCCACCUAACGGGAAGCAACGUCGGCUUAAUCUUUCAUUGACAGAAAAAAAAGGUGAAAGGCGAGACGAAAACGUCAGAAAAUUGUCUUCGCCUUUAGCCACAAUGAUCCACAGCUUGUUCCUAAUUAACGCUUCAGGGGAUAUUUUCCUGGAGAAGCACUGGAAAAGUGUGGUCAGCCGCUCCGUGUGCGACUACUUCUUUGAGGCCCAGGAGCGAGCUACUGAGCCAGAGAAUGUCCCACCAGUUAUCCCCACGCCUCAUCACUACCUUAUCAGUGUGCUCAGGCAUCACAUCUACUUUGUGGCGGUCAUCCAGAGUGAGGUCCCGCCGCUCUUUGUCAUCGAGUUCCUGCACAGAGUCGUAGACACCUUUCAGGACUAUUUUGGAGUGUGUACAGAGGCGGCCAUCAAGGACAAUGUGGUAGUAGUCUAUGAACUACUGGAGGAGAUGCUGGAUAACGGGUUUCCUCUGGCCACAGAGUCCAACAUUCUUAAAGAACUCAUUAAGCCUCCUACCAUCCUCCGCACCAUGGUCAACACCAUCACAGGCAGCACCAAUGUGGGUGAACAGCUCCCUACAGGCCAGCUGUCUGUAGUCCCCUGGCGGCGCACUGGGGUCAAGUACACAAACAAUGAAGCUUAUUUUGACGUGGUGGAGGAGAUCGAUGCGAUCAUCGAUAAAUCUGGCUCCACCAUCACAGCAGAAAUACAGGGAGUCAUUGAUGCCUGCGUUAAAUUGACGGGCAUGCCUGAUCUUACCCUCUCAUUCAUGAAUCCACGACUGCUGGAUGAUGUCAGUUUCCACCCAUGUGUUCGGUUCAAGCGCUGGGAAGCCGAGCGGAUCCUCUCCUUCAUCCCACCCGAUGGAAACUUCCGGUUGCUCUCCUACCACGUCAGCUCUCAGAAUUUGGUAGCCAUCCCAGUGUACGUGAAACACAACAUCACCUUCCGGGAGGGAAGUUCCCAGGGGCGUUUUGAUUUGACCCUGGGCCCCAAACAGACGAUGGGCAAGGCCGUGGAGUCGGUCCUAGUCAGCAGCCAGCUGCCCCGGGGCGUCCUCAAUGCCAACCUGAACCCCUCCCAGGGAACAUACACCUUUGACCCAGUCACAAAGUUGUUGACAUGGGAUGUUGGCAAGAUCAACCCACAGAAGCUUCCCAGUCUGAAGGGCACCAUGAGCCUGCAGGCUGGAGCAUCCAAACCUGAUGAGAACCCCACCAUCAAUAUUCAGUUCAAGAUCCAACAGAUGGCCAUUUCAGGACUGAAAGUGAAUCGGCUAGACAUGUAUGGUGAGAAGUAUAAACCUUUCAAAGGCAUCAAGUACAUGACCAAGGCUGGUAAGUUCCAGGUCCGGACUUAAAGACUGCUUCUCUGUGACAACCGGACUGAGCCACCAUGAGACUAAGGGGUGAUGUGAUGGGAAAGAGGAGUUGGUACGUUCCCUGUGCUUAUGCAUUUACCCAUGAAGGCUUACCAAUACAAACUGGAGGCUCCUUGUAGCAGUUCUGAGUGGACUAUUACACAUAGACGUGAAACCUUUGUUGUAGAACUUUGCCUAAAUCAGGCAAGUUUGAAGCAAGUGUCCUAAAACAUUUCCAACACUGUCCUUGCCGAACUCAGACAAACCACACUAACCCAAUAAAGAUUUGUCCAUAUAAUACACCGUUUACAGGAUUUUCACUGACGGUGUUAACAAACCAAAUUCAUGUAUUUAGAUAAGGCUGGAUUACUGGAUAAAUGGACCCUAGAGUAUAUUAAAACAGAACUUCUCCACAAAGAAAUUAGAAUUAAUUAGGAAGUAGUGACCUGUACAUUUUGCCAGGAAUCUACUAUUCUAGGUUCAGAUGACUCUGCAAGGUAAAAGGUAUUGUUUGACAGUGCUGUAGCAUAUUUAAGCAGUUAAAUUCAAAUGAAAUGUCACGGACCUACAAUAAUGGUCUGAGCUCCAAAGAGUCCCAAAGAGUUGUUACUGCCAGUGAAAAUCCACACUAUACUUCUUAUCCUGCUGUCCAGGUUUUCAUUUUUUUCCCAGCACCCUGGGCCUUCUUUUUUCUGUUUAUUCUGUUCUUUGUUUCUUCUUUGCCGCAGUUUGAUGAUAUUGUCUGCAACACUGGAGUCAGCAUGCUGAUGUAUUAGACGUGUCUCUGAAACUGUCCUCAAUCUUUGAAGUUUUUUUUUUUUUUUUUUUUUGUUU